CGGCCGCCACCGUCGCCGCCAUGGACCUAGGACUCGUGAAUAUCUGUGAGGAAAUGACUAUUCUGCAUGGGGGCUUUUUGCUCGCCGAGCAGCUGUUCCACCCCAAAGCGCUGACGGAAUUGAAAAAGUCUGACUGGGAACGCGUUGGGCAGCCCAUUGUGGAGGCCCUAAGGGAGAUCUCCUCCGCCACAGCAUGCUCCCAGCCCUUUGCCUGGAAGAAGAAAGCUCUGAUCAUCAUCUGGGCCAAGGUUCUUCAGCCCUACCCCGUCACCCCUUCAGACGCUGACACUCGGUGGCAGGAAGAUGUGUUCUUCUCAGUAGGCAACAUGAUCCCUACCAUCAAUCACACUGUCCUUUUUGAGCUGCUCAAGUCGCUGGAAGCUUCUGGACUCUUUAUCCAGCUCCUGAUGGCCCUGCCCACCACUAUCUGCCGUGCAGAACUAGAGCGCUUUUUGGAGCACAUGUCUAUUGACACGUCUUCAAAGGAUGUGGCCUUUUUCCUCAGUGUCUGGUGGGAAAUGAUGAGGCACAAAGGUAAUCAGCAGGACCCCCUGCUCUCCCAGUUUAGAACAAUGGCCCGUAAGUAUUUGUCCUCUUCAGAUGAGUUCUCCCACCCUCCAAAGAGGUUUAAGUCAGACCCAGAUGUGUGUCCCACUAUGCCCCUGUUGGCCAUGCUGCUCACUGGGCUGAAGCAAAUCCAAAAUAGAAUCCUGUGCCCAGGGAUGAAGUGCUGUGCAUUAGCCAACUUGGCAGACAUGCUGACGGUGUUUGCCCUGGUGGAGGACGGCCCCCAGGAAGUAUCUGCAACCGUGUAUCUGGACAAACUGGCCACGGUGAUCUCUGUGUGGAACUCGGACACCCAGAACCCAUCUCACCAACGGGCACUGGCAGAGAAGGUAAAGGAGGCCGAACGGGACAUCAGCCUGACCUCCCUGGCCGAGCUUCCAAGCGAGACGAUCUUCGUCGGGUUUGAGUUCCUGUGCAGCCUGCUGCGGGAGUGGGGGGAGGAGCUGCAGGCCAUGCUCGCCGGCAGCCAGGGGACAAAUUACGACAGCUACCGGCUGUGUGACAGCCUGACGUCCUUCAGCCAGAACUUGAAGCUCUACCUGGAUUCUACCAGCUUGUCCACGGAGGAGAGGCAGGUGGUCUCGGAGCUGGCAGAGUGUGUUGGGGACUUCCUGAGGAAGACCACCAGGGUGCUGAAGAACGAGGGCUUUGAGAAGGACAUCACCGCCUCGAUUGCCAUGGCCAUCAUUGAGCAGAAGAUGGACCGGCACGUGGAAAUGUGCUACAUUUUUGCUUCUGAGAAGAAGUGGGCCUUCUCAGACGAGUGGCUAGCCUGCCUGGUUAAUAACCGGGCCCUCUUCCGAGAGCCAGACUUGGUGUUAAAGCUGCUGGAAACAGUGGUGGAAGUUACCAUGACAGACAGAGCCAUCCCUGAAUCUCAGAUCAGACAAGUGAUCAGCUUGAUUCUAGACUGCUAUGCAGACCUCUCGCUGCCAGAUAAAAAUAAAGUCCUCUCGGGCACCCUGCUCUCCUGGGGGCGGAAGGGUCUCUCUGAGAAGUUGUUGGCUUACUUGGACGGGUUUCAGGAGGACCUCAAUACAACUUUUAACCAGCUCGCACAGAGUGCCUCUGAACAGGGCUUAGCUAAAGCUGUAGCUUCUGUGGCCCGCCUGGUAAUAUUGCACCCGGAGAUCACCGUGAAGAAAAUGUGCAGCAUGGCUGUGGUCAAUCUUGGCACCCACAAGUUCCUGGCUCAGAUUCUCACUGCCUUCCCCGCCCUUAGGUUCGUGGAAGAGCAGGGCCCCGAUCCGUCCACUACUUUUGUGGUGUCAUGCCUCAAAGAAACCGUCUGGACAAAGUUCUCUACACCCAAGGAAGAAAAGCAAUUUUUGGAGCUCCUGGGCUGCCUAAUGAAUCCUGUGAAGCCCCAGGGUAUCCCGGUUGCUGCUCUUCUUGAGCCAGAUGAGGUGCUAAAGGAGUUCGUCCUGCCUUUCUUGAUGCUAGACGUCAAAGAGGUGGACCUCAGUUUGAAGAUCUUCAUCCAGACUCUUGAAGCAAAUGCGUGUUUAGAGGAAUACUGGCUCCAGGCCUGCUCUCCGUUCCCCCUCCUCUUCAGCUUGUGCCAGCUGCUGGAUUGCUUCAGCAAAUACUGGCAGCUCCCCAAGGAGAAACGGUGCCUCUCUUUGGAUGGGAAGGAUCUGGUGAUCCAUAUCCUGCAGAUCCUCUGUGAGAUUAUAUUGGCGAAUGCUGAGACCUUCUCCCCAGACACCUGGAUCAAGUCCCUGUCUUGGCUCCACCGGAGGCUGGAGCAGCUCGACUGGACGGUGCGCCUGAGAAUGAAGAACCUCUUUGAGGGCCACUUCAAGUGUGAGGUGCCAGCCACGCUUUUUGAGAUCUGUAAGCUUUCUGAGGAUGAGUGGACCUCCCAAGCCCACCCUGGGUAUGGUCCGGGCACAGGACUUCUUGCCUGGAUGGAGUGCUGCUACAUGUCCAGCAGCAUCUCUGAGCAGAUGCUGGCCCUCUUGGUGGUAGAUGUGGGCAACCCUGAGGAGGUCAGAUUGUUCAGCAAGGGCUUUCUGGUGGCCCUGGUACAAGUCAUGCCUUGGUGCAGCCCCCAAGAGUGGCAGUACCUUUACCAGUUGACCAGGAGACUGUUGGAGAAACAACUCCUGCACGUCCCCUAUAGCCUGGAAUAUAUUCAGUUUGUUCCUCUGCUCAACCUGAAGCCCUUUGCCCAGGAGCUCCAGCUCUCCGUACUCUUCCUGAGAGCUUUCCAGUUUCUCUGCAGCCAGAGUUGUCGUAAUUGGCUUCCUAUGGAAGGCUGGAGCCAUGUAGUCAGACUUCUCUGUAACAGUCUGACCGAUCUCCUGGACUCCGUUAGGUUGAUACAGUCAGUUGGCCCUUGGGCUCAAGAACAGGACCUGACCCAGGAGACCCUGUUUUUUUAUACCCAGGUAUUCUGUCAUGUUCUGCACAUCAUGGCCAUGCUCCACCAAGAGGUGUGUGAACCGCUCUACGUUUUGGCCUUGGAAAUCCUCACCUGCUACGAAACCCUGAGCAAGGCCAACCCUUCUGGUAGCUCCUUGCUCCAGAAGGUAAAUGAGCAGCGCUUCCUGAAGUCCAUCGCUGAGAACAUUAGCCCUGAGGAACGGCGCCAAACCCUGCUGCAGAAGAUCAGCAACUUCUGAUGUUUGUACUUCAGAGAACGGCAGGGCCCUGACUUGGUGGGGUCUACAGGGCUUGAGCUGAGAAACACGAGCUUUUCGGUUAUGUGAAAUUGUACACAAGCUAAAAAAUAUAUAUGGCAAUAACUGUAAAGAAAAUAGUUUCUUAGGUGUUUGUAACAUACAAAUUAUAAAAUUCUCGUUUGA